CCAAUCCCAAAGCGCCCACGCCGCCCGCGCCCAAUCCCAGCGCGCCGCGCUGAUGACUCAUCAGUCGCCGGGAAGACGCCUCGAAAAAAGGGCCCCAACUGCGCCCUCAGCCAAGCCCAGCGCGCCCCAAACCCCCCAAAACGGCGCCGCCCGGCUGGUUUGGGGCUGUCAGCAGCUGUCCGGCGCUGGGCAUGGAGCGUGUGCGGGGAGCUGGGGCCGUGCUGGCGGUGCUGGUGGUGCUGGGAGCCCCCCCGGCUGCGGGCGAGGAGCUGUCGAGGGUGUUCCAGUUUAUGGGAAAGUCCGAGUGUCACUUCAUCAACGGCACCGAGCAGGUGAGGCUCGUGGCGAGGUACAUCUACAACCGGGAGCAGUUUGUGCACUUUGACAGUGACGUGGGGGUCUAUGUGGGGGAUACCCCAUUUGGGGAGAGCUGGGCCAGAUACUUCAACAGCAUCCCGGGAAAGCUGGAGUACCGUCGGUCUGCGGUGGACAGGCUCUGCCGGCACAACUACGACGGGUUCACUCCCUUCCUGGUGAACCGCAGAGCCCAUCCCCUUCUAUCCCACUCUAUUCCCAGUCCCUUCCACUGCCAUCCCAAUCCCUCCCAGUGCCCCCAGCUGAGCCCAGUGUCUCUCCCAUCCCUCCCAGUGCCCCCCAGUGUGUCCAUCUCGCUGGUGCCGUCGAGCUCCCAGCCCGGCCCCGGCCGCCUGCUCUGCUCCGUGAUGGAUUUCUACCCUGCGCCGGUGCAGGUGAGGUGGUUCCAGGAUGGGCAGGAGCUGCCGGAGCACGUGGUGGCCACCGACGUGGUCCCCAACGGGGACUGGACCUACCAGGUGCUGGUGAUGCUGGAAAUCCCCCCCCGGCGCGGGGUCACCUACAGCUGCCAGGUGGAGCACGUCAGCCUGGAGCACCCCCUCAGCCGGCACUGGGAGAUGCCACUGGACACCGUCCGCAGCAAGAUCCUGGUGGGGGUCGGGGGCUUCGUCUUGGGCUUGGUCUUCCUGGUGCUGGGGCUCGGCUUCUACCUGCGGGAGAAGAGCUCCUGA